GAGGGGCUGGGCUGUCUCUGGCUGUAGUUCCCACUCCUGGUGUCUAGAGGUUCAGAGAAUGACUCUGGGAACCAGAUCUGGAAGGCUGCAGCAGCUCUUGUUGCAAACAUGAGCUCUGGCCCUGCACGGCCCUCUCGGCUGCCUGAGCCUAGCUCUCCAGCCUGCAGACAUGCACUGGGCCACCCUCCUGCCCACCGCUGAGCCUGCCAGGCAGUACCAUCUGCUUUGCAACCCGUCCCUGGUGGAAAGGCACAAUGACCACACUGUUUCUCUUCCAGCUUCUUGUCAAGACAUGGAAGCCGUCGCCAAGUUUGAUUUCGUGGCCUCGGGUGAAGACGAACUGAGCUUUCACACUGGAGAUAUUCUGAAGAUACUGAGCAACCAAGAGGAGUGGCUGAAGGCGGAGCUCCGAAGCCAAGAAGGAUAUGUGCCUAAGAAUUUUAUAGAUAUUGAGUUUCCUGAGUGGUUCCAUGAAGGCCUCUCUCGACACCAAGCAGAGAACUUACUCAUGAGCAAGGAAAUUGGAUUCUUCAUCAUCAGGGCCAGUCAGAGCUCCCCAGGAGACUUCUCCAUUUCUGUCAGGCAUGAGGAUGAUGUGCAGCACUUCAAAGUCAUGAGAGACAACAAGGGCAGUUACUUCCUGUGGACUGAGAAGUUCCCGUCCCUAAACAAGCUGGUGGACUACUACAGGACAGCUUCCAUCUCCAAACAGAAGCAGAUCUUCCUUCGAGAUGGAACCAAAGAAGAUCAGGGUCACCGGGGCAACAGCCUGGAUAGGAGGUCCCAGGGAGGCCCUCACCCAAGUGGAAAUGUAGGAGAAGAAAUCCGCCCUUUGAUGAACCGGAAGCUGUCAGAUAACCCUCCUCCCCGUCCCCAACAGUACCACCAGCACCAGCAGCCACCUCCUCAGUUCCCACCAGGGCCACAGCCCCCUCCACAGCGGUAUCCGCAGCACCAUCCUUUUCACCAGGACCGCCGUGGAGGCAGCCUAGACAUAAAUGACGGACACUGUGGCACUGGCAGCGAGAUGAAUGCCACCUUGAUGCAACGGAGACAUACGGACCCCGUGCAGCUCCAGGUGGCAGGGCGAGUGCGCUGGGCCCGGGCCCUGUAUGACUUCGAGGCUCUGGAGGAGGAUGAGCUGGGAUUCCGAAGUGGAGAGGUGGUUGAAGUCCUGGACAGCUCUAACCCGUCUUGGUGGACCGGCCGUCUACACAACAAACUGGGUCUCUUCCCUGCCAACUAUGUGGCUCCCAUGAUGCGAUGAGUCCUGCUGGGAGGCUAGAAGCUUUUUGUCCGAAGCUGCCGGCCAGAUAGGGACAAGGGAAAACAGCUGGACUUUAUAACUAUACAUGCAUGCAUGUGAUGUUCAUGUAUGCCCGUGCGUGCACAAAACAUGUAUGCCCAUGUCUACACACAACAUUUUAUACUAGUAAUUUAUUGGCAGCUGGGUUGGUUCAUUGACUGGCUUGAGAAGGAACUUGAGUGAAGAAUGGGAUGCUUUUCCGGCUCUUCUCUGUGUGAGAGGGCAGUAGGGAGCAGAGAGCAGGACAGGGAAAUGGACUUCUCCCAAUCCUUGAACUUUCACAGCUUCUUUCCUGGCUUGGGAAGUUUCCAAGAGAGCAAGCAGCUAGGCAGAGGUCACACCCCAGCGAUGGACGCAUAGGACGGGGCUGGGCUUGGCGAGGCAUGUUAAGUAGCUCUCCUGGCGCCGUCCACCUACAGGGUAGGCUUCCCUCCUGUUCUCCACAAGGCAGGCACUGCGCCCUGAGAAUUAAGGUAUAGCAGAUCCAGGGCCACGGGCACCAAGCAAGUCUGAGCAGGGAGUUGGCAAGGGUGUGGUCAGGAGUCUCAGCUUGGUGUGGGAGAGCCUUGCAAGCCUCAGGCCUAGUCAAUGCCUGGCUGAAACUUUUACUCUCCACCAGUGACUGUCCCUUGGGUAAUCCUGUUCCCCUGUGGCUGACAAGAGAGAGUGUCUCUAACAUGGAGACACCACAGAGCCAAUUGCUGGGGAGCAUGGGGGUUCUCCACAGGCCCUUGUGGCUUGCUUGAAUGUGACUUCUGUUUUCCCAACUGCAGAGAAAGCUGUAGCCUAGAUUCUGCGAAGUGCUUGGAGAAGCCCUGGCUGAGGAUGUGGGAUGUGUCAGAAGCCUCAUUUUGUGGUUACAAGGGUUGUCUCUGGGGCACGCCCUUGGGUUUUGCUCCUGAUUUUCUGUGGUUGAGGGUAUCUUUGCCAGUGGGCCAGAGGGAAGCCAAGAGCAUUGACUGCAGAUCAAUAAACAGAUUGACAGAU